AUGGCGUCUGAGUGUUAUCCGCGACCCGUGUUUUCCGUCCUGGUUGUAGGUUGUGGUCUUAGUGGAUUGGCUUCCGCAUUGGCUCUUGCUCAAGCUGGUCACCAUGUGACAGUGUUCGAGCGUAGUGCUGAACUACAGGAAAUUGGCGCUGGGAUACAGCUAUCCCCUAACGCUACGCGUCUGCUUCAACACUGGGGCGUCCUUGAGGAGGUCCUCAAGUAUGCUGACCGACCCGAGGUCGGGACUUUCCGCUCCUAUCGAGGAGAUGUGCUGUCACAGUCUCCGCCCGUGUCUGACCCGCGAUUGGUUAGCAAGGCUCCUUACAUUGUGAUUCAUCGUGCCGAUCUCCUGAGAGCCUUGCUGUCAGGAACAAGGAAGCAUAGGGUAGAGAUCAAACUGGACAGCGAAGUCAAAGAGAUAGAUUUCAUCAAGCCCUCAUUACGUCUAUCCACUGAUGAAGUCUAUGAAGCGGACAUAAUUUUAGGGGCUGACGGGGAGAGAUCUCGUUGUAGGGGUGGCCUUUUGGGUCAUCCGGACCCUCCUUACAGUCCUGGCGACGUCGUUUACCGAAUCUCUGUCCCUACAAAAGACAUUACGGAAGACCAUCUCGCUUGGGACCUAAAGAGACGAUCAAGCGUCAACUUUUGGAUGGGAAAAGGCGGACACGUGGUUUCGUACCUCAUCCAGCACGAUAUGCUCAAUAUCGUCCUGAUAUACGCCGAGAGUGCAGGUAGCAGGACUAUUUACGGACCGCAACGAGCAGACAAAGAAGAGUUCAGGAGCAAAAUUUCUGGCUGGGACCCAGUCCUUCACGAGCUCAUCAAUGUGGAGGGGUCUGUUUGCACCAAGUGGACUCUAUUCCAAAUCCAUGAGCCGGUCAAAUGGUGCCAUGAUAUUGCACAUUUCGUGCUUAUUGGCGACGCUGCUCACGCAAUAUUGCCAUGCCUAGCACAGGGUGCCGCACAGGCCUUCGAGGAUGCAGGAGUCCUUGGAGGGAUAUUCGGCCAGCUCGUGAGACGUCAACAAAUCCCGGAUGCCCUUAAGGUGUUCGAAGAGGUUCGCAAACCACGAGCUUCGAAUGUCAGACAUCGCACAAUAGACCAGAAGGCUAUGUUUGCUCUUGCCGAUGGUCCAGCACAAGAGGAACGAGAUGCCAAAUUUCGUGCGGGUGCAGACUUUGACCUGUUCAAGUGGCUCUGGGAGUACGAUGCUGCAGAAGCUGGACGAGAGGCGUGGGAAAGAUUUCUCGCAACCCAUGAUAACGGAGUCGAAACCCACAAUGGUAUCUAA